AUGUUAAUUGACGACGAAGCAGCAUUACGUGAGUGGCUCGUAACAACACUCGAACCAUUAUGUGAUGCCGAACCAAUAGCUCUUGCGCGUUAUGUUCUUGCACUUGUUGCUAAAGAUAAACCAUUAGAUAAACUUCGUGAAAAUUGUAUUGAUCGACUUGAAGUUUUUCUUGAUCGAUCAACAAAAGAUUUUGUUGAUCAAUUAUUUGAUGUUAUACGAAAUCGACGAUAUAUACCUGAAGGAAAAAAAGAAAAUGUUCAACCAAAACCAACCGAAAUAAAUACUGAAACAUCUGGAAUACAACAACAGCAACAACAAAAUGUUCAAUUACCAACAAAACAAGAAGAUAUACAACAAACAGAAUCAAUUCCAGUAUCAACAACAUCUUCAUCUACAUCAAUUAUUCAACCAAUAAAAAGACCAUAUUCUUCUCGUCAUCCAAAUACUAAUAGUGAAAGUCAUAAACGUCAAUCGACAGGUUCACCAUUAGCUAAACGUACUCAACGUUCUUAUUCUCAUUCAUCCACUGAUUCUUCACCUUCGUCAUCAGCAAAAAAUACGAAUUUUUUAUCGAAUAAAAUUCCAUGUAAAGAUUUUUUUGAUAAUAAAGGUUAUUGUGCUCUUGGAGAUUCAUGUCCAUAUGAUCAUGGAUCAAAUGUUUUAACUUUUGAACAACAAAAUUAUUAUCCAUCAUAUCAACAAUAUGAUAUGUCAUCAACAAAUAUUCAUCAACAAUAUAAUCCUGAAAUACCUGAUUUAAAAUAUGAUCUACAUCAAACAUCAUCUAUGAUUAAUAGACAACCAUUACCUAUUGGUCAACGAACACUUGUUACUGUUGUAACUAAUGCAGAACCAUUAACAUCAGAACAAAAAUUACGACAAAAUAAUUCAAAUAGUCCUAUGCAUCGUACAAAACGACAUGUUACUACUGCACUAUAUCCAAUCGAUAGGCGAACACAACAAUAUGAUCAUCAAACGAAUAAAACUAAUCAAGAUAUUAAUCAUAAUCGAGCUCGAAAACGUCCAUGGUCAAAACCUGAUGGAUCUGGAUCGACAUCAGCAACACUUGAAAUACGUAAAAUUCCCAUUGAGUUUAAUACAAUAUCAAAAUUAAAUGAACAUUUUAGUAAAUUUGGUACUGUUACCAAUGUUCAGAUUGCUUUCGAUGGUUCUUUUGACUCGGCACUUGUUGCCUAUGCAACAUUUCAAGAAGCUGAAACAGCAUAUAAAAAUCCCGAACCAUUGUUUAAUAAUCGUUUUAUAAAAAUAUUCUGGCAUAAUGCUAAUAAAGGACAAAACUCAUCAAAUACUACUAAUCCUAAUCCAACCUCAUCGGAUACAACAUCAAUAAAAAAACAAAGAACUACUCCUAAUUCAACAAAACAUCAUUGGAAUAAAACACAAAAAUCAUCAUCAAAUAAAAAUGAUAUACCACCGAAGAAAAAAUCAACAAUAUCACCUGUUCAAUCUAUAAUCAAAAAAGAAGCAGCAAAAAAAGCUGCAAUAGAAAUUCGUCGUAAAAAACAAGGUUUAUUAGAAGAACAAAUUCAGCAACAAAAAUUAUUAUUGAAAAAACUUGAAACAGCUGAAACAAAUGAAGAAAAAGAAUCUAUACUAUCAUUAAUGAAACAAGUUGAUUCAACUGUUGUUAUGCUUAAAGAUUCAUUUCGUACAAUACCAAUUAAAUCAUCAUCAUCAUCAUUAACAACAAAAAUAAGUCAACAAGAUCUACUUAAAAAACGUGAAGAAACAUUAAAAAAACAAAUUGAAAGUCUUCGAGCUAAAACAUCAGCAGAUAUGCGUCGUGCGAUAAGUAAUACAUUAGAAAAUGAAGUCUCCAAUUCAAAUCGAACUAAUGAUCUUGAUGAUGAUGAUGUAGUAAAUCUUCUUAAUGAAGAAGAUCAAUUAUUAAUUGAUAAUGAAAAAACAAAAGAUCAAUCGUAUAAAUUGGAUAAACAUGAUGAAGCACAAUUGCUCGAUUCUUAA